UCCGUUUUGUGCAACAACCGCAUGACCCUUCGGCCAGGCAGAUUCACAAGGGAGCACACGGUGGGGCGGUUGGGGGGGAGCUUCCCAAGGAUCCAAGCGCUUCAGGCCUCUAAGCACAUUUGUGUGGAUCUGUGGCACGCGAAUGACACAGGCGUAAAUGGAUCAGGCCAGCGUUGGAAGCUUUGUGCAUACCACCCCAGGAAACAAUUGGAACAGGCUGUUUAGGAAUGGGGCGUAUCCAGAUGUUUGUGCUUAAAAAAAAAUAAAAAUCUGCCCCAACCGAAUCCAGAUUUGGUGCCAGAAGAAGCCGAGUUAUGCAACUGAAACCGAGUUUGCCUGUGCUCUGCAUCCUGAGAGCAGCCGGCUCCAGGGAAGAGCAGAGAGCUCUGCAGGGGAUCAAAUCUUGGCACCCCCAACAACUGGAAAUCUCGCUCUGGCCUCCCCACCGGCUGCCCCAGCUUCUGAAGGGGAGGGGCCUCAGCUCAAUGUCCUGUGUCUUUCAGGUCCUUUGGGAUGACCUGCCUGGUAUCCGUUUGGGACGUGGCAUCAGUGUCCUGGCCCUCUGGGGACAAAACGUGACCUUUGCAGAGCGAUCGGUGUGGAUCACCUGCAUGACCUCAGGCCAGUAUUCUGCAUGCAGAGAGGGUGUGUGUGUGUGUGUGUGUGUGUGUGUGUGUGUGUGUGUGUGUGUGUGUGUGUGAGAGAGAGAGAGAGAGAGAGAGAGAGAGAGAGAGAGAGAGAGAGAGAGAGAGAGAGAGAGAGAGAGCCAGCCCAUCCCAGAGAGAAGGUAUGAAAUGCCCGCUCAAUGACACAUCGGCAUUAGUAACCAGCCUGUCUUCUCUUUCUUCUUCCUAGUUCCUGCUCCUAGCCUGCAUGGCACCAAAGGCAAGAGACAUGACCAGGUGGGGGACGUGUCAUUCUGUCCUGGGCUCGCCCAGAGAUACCUGAAGCAGAUAUGGGCAAAGAACAAGGAGACUGGGAAACUGGCUGCUAUCAAGAUUGUGAAAAUGGAAGCCGAUGACGACUGCGCCACCAUUCAGCAAGAGAUUGUGAUGGUGAAAACCUGCAAGCAUCACAACAUCGUGGCCUAUUAUGGGAGCUACCUCCGUUUUAACAAGUUGUGGAUCUGCAUGGAAUUCUGUGGGGGAGGGUCUCUUCAAGACGUCUACCAAGUCACCGGGCCCCUGUCAGAGCUACAGAUUGCCUACGUAUGCCGAGAAACGUUGCAAGGCCUGUCUUACCUUCAUAACCAAGGGAAGAUCCACCGAGACAUCAAGGGAGCCAACAUCCUCCUCAAUGACCACGGGGAAGUUAAACUGGCGGAUUUUGGGAUAUCGGCUCAAAUCACUGCUACCUUUGCCCGGAGAAUGUCUUUCAUCGGAACACCUUACUGGAUGGCCCCCGAGGUGGCAGCGGUGGAAAUGAAGGGGGGAUACAAUGAACUGUGUGACGUGUGGUCAGUUGGGAUCACAGCUAUUGAGCUGGCAGAACUCCAGCCCCCGCUGUUUGAUGUCCACCCUUUGCGGGUCCUGGUUCUCAUGACCAAGAGUGGCUACCAGCCCCCCAAACUCAAGGAGAAAGCCAGAUGGACGCCAGCCUUCAACAACUUUGUCAAGGUGACGCUAACCAAGAACCCCAAGAAGAGGCCCAGUGCCUCCAAGAUGCUGACUCACCAGCUCGUUGCCCAGUCAGGGCUGAGCCGCAGCCUGACCCUUGAUCUCCUGGAGAAGUUACGCGACCCUGACAAGCUCCCCAGUUGCAGAAGCGAAGUGGAUGAGGAGGAACCAGAGCCUCCUCCACCACCGGUGCCCCGGAGAAUUCGCUCCAGCCAACGGCAAGGCACGACCUCACCCAGAUGCUCGGACCCACAGGCCCACCACUUUGGCCUCAGCCCCAGAAACAACAGACGCAGUCUGGAGUCUCCAAAUUUCACGGAGGUCUCUGAAGACACUGGUUACAGUACUGGCAACUAUCUUGAUGGCACAGCAUUGGGCACCAGGGAGGAUGCAGGAGACUCAGACCACGAUUAUGAUGAUGUGGACACUUGCGCCUCACCUGCCAAUCUCCCACCACCACUGCCACCCAAGCCCAAACUCUUGGCCUCAUCAGACGAGGCUGGGGUGGACCGACAGCCUCUCCGGUGCUCUGUCAAGCCUCUUUUCCGGGGACGGUGCUCCAGUGGGCCUGUGAUGGGUUGGACCCCUCAACAAAUGACACAGAUGGGGGCCCCGGCCUCCAGCCUCAGCUCCAAAUCAGUCCCCGAACUGAGGCCAGUCCAUCAAACAGAAGAAGCCCCUGUCAUACCACCCAAGCCAGAAAGGAAGCAGAAACCAGACAGAAUGCUCUUCAAGAAGGUUUUUAACGAGUGCCCUUUGCACGUCACCUCGGCUACUGCUUGGACCCACCCGAACACCAAUGAGCCACACUUAAUCCUCGGUGCCGAAGAAGGAAUCUUUGCCUUGAACCGGAGCGAGUCAGAACCCACCCUGGAGCUGCUCUAUCACAGCCGCACAACGUGGGUGUACUGCAUUGGGAAUGCCCUCAUGUCACUGUCCGGCAAGUGUCCCCAGCUCUUCUCCCACAACUUGCUGGGCCUCUAUGAGCAGAGCAGGAGGGACCAGCGUCCUGGAGCAUACAUCUCCCCUCACAGGCUCUUGCCUAGGAAAAAUGUCAUUACCACCAAGAUCCCAGACACCAAAGGAUGCCAGAAAUGUUGUGUGGCCCGGAAAGCCCAGACCAGUUGCCAUUACCUCUGUGGGGCGCUGGAGGCAGGAGUGAUGCUGCUACAGUGGUAUGAGCCCAUGCAGAAGUUCAUGCUGGUUAAGUAUUUUGACUUCCCGCUGCCCUCCCCGCUGCCUGUCUUUGAGAUGUUGGUAGCUCCGGAGGACGAGUACCCCGUGGUCUGCAUCGGAGCGAGCAAGGCCCCCCUGGGGCAGGCUGUGCAGUUCCAGCUCAUUAACCUGAACUCCCUGACCUCCUGGUUCAUUGACAACAGCACGGAGCCUCCGUGCCCCGGUCCCAUCCAGGUGACCCAGCUGGACAGUAAGACGGUGCUGGUCCUGAUGGACAGGAGCGUCCAGUUUGUCAGCCUCCAGGGCUCCCCACUUCGGUGUUCCCCAGUAUUCACCUUUGACGUGGCUGUGGAGUCAGUCGCGGUGGUGCGGAACAGCAUGCAUGCAUUUUGGCGCCAUGGGAUGCAAACACGGUCUCUUGGAUCAGGACAGUCGGUGCUGCAAGAGGCUGAGCUGCAAGAUCAUCGGUGGACUUUCCGCUUGCUUGGCGUUUCCAGCCCCGUUGUGUUGGAGACGCGGCCCGUAGACGACCCCAAUUCCACCAGCAACCUCUACGUGCUCGAAUGAGACUUCCCAGACUUGCCAACCCGUGGUGCAGUGCCUCCCCCUCCCCACACCACCGGAGCCCCACUUCCUGACCCCCGGGACUGCCUCCAAUGCGUGGGGUGGGGCAAAGGCUAGGAGGUCGGUGGCUCACACGUGGGGAGCCUGGCCGGUGGUGGUGGAGGUGGGCAGAGGGGGUCACCCCGCUGAGCUGGCUUGCUGCAGGACUGUGCCCAGAGCUGGUACGGAAGGAGGCCGGCUGGGGAAAGAGGCCCAGGGCUUGGCCAGGAGCCGACCUGCCCCCGUGGCUUCCCCUCGAGAAGCGCAGAAUUAUAUCAGCCUGCGACUCGGCUCCACCCCAAUAAAGGCUGGGCUCCGUGUCUCCUUUUC